AUGGUCCCCAAACCGCCCAAGUUGCCUCCAAUGGAGGUGCUGCGCGUCAAGGACCCGGUGGUUAACAAGGGCACAGACCCGUGCAUUGUGGCCAUGUCCUCUGUUCUGGCAUGCUGGGCGUCGGUCGGAUACAACGCAGCGGGCUGCGCAGCCGUCGAGGCAACACUACGGCAAUGCGUCGACUCCCGGGUGCCACAGAAGGAAAGGAAAUCCAGCAUCAACUACCACCUGGGUCGGUUCCAACGGAGACUGGAAGGUCGGAUCUACCACAAGGGGUCGAAGGAUUAA